GCCAGUUCGUAUUUUCUUACAUGUUGAAAACUCACCCCGAGUGUCUUUUAACUAGAAUUAAGAUAUUUUGUUCUGGUUUUAGUGAUGACGGUGGUGGUGUGGUUUUUGAGGUAGAAGAGGUUAAGUUUGUAACGGUCACAUAUCUUUAAGGUUUUUGGGCUUGGUACCAUGUUUUAAAGGCCUUUUCCUAUUCCAAGAUGAUGAUGAUGAUGAUGAUGAUGAUGAUGAUUUAAUUGUAGAUGGACACAGUACCUUUAUCUUUUUGUGGUGCUGCAGAUCGAACCCAGUGCAUGACAUAUGCUAGGCCAGCACUCUACCACUCAAGAUUAUUUUUUAAAUAAUCUCUUGUUUUUCCUCUGGUACUAGUAAAAUGUGGAGUCCAGUUGUUUUGAUUUUUUUGUUUUUUUUUGUUUUUGUUUUUUUUAAUUUUAGGUGUGAGUGAGCUUGGAAUCUAGCUUCAUUUUUUUUUCCCUGUAAAUCAAGCGUUACUAACACUGUCCACCAACUAUUGAAUAAUGUAUUUUUGCAUUGAUUUAAAAAACCACCUUUGUCAUGUACCAAAUUCUUCCCUGCGUUUUGGGCCAUUUCUGUAGUUUCUGGUGACUUUGAGGUGCACACAGGUUUGGUUUACAAGCCACCUGUCUGUUGGUCUCUGCACCCCAAGCUUUCUGCAUUGAUAUUUUGCUUAAAAAGGCCCUUCCUGCAGAAAAUUAAAAAAAAAAAUUCCUUUAUGCUUUGAUAUUUUGCUUAAAAAGGCCCUUCCUGCAGAAAAUUUAAAAAAAAUUUUUUCUUUAUGCUUCUUCAAACUCUUUCUUGAUGUAGUUGUACAAUUUUAACUCUUAAUCAUUACUCUAAUGGAUUCAUUAGCUUUUCAGUAGAUGAUGUGAUUUUUUUCUGUUUAAAAUCUCUUUGUUUUUACUUCAUGGUUGGUUGUUGAGUGUUAUGAAAUUUUUAAUUUUUCCCAAAAUAUUCAACCCGUCAUCCUAGCACCUUUAGUGAAUUGUCCUUCCUCCAGCAGUUUGUCUCCUCACCACACUUAAACACCUGCUCUACUCUGUUCCUGAGCUGCCCAUUCUCCUGAGGCCCUUGUGGCUCUUGUCACUAUGACCCUGUGACAGGGCUCACUCCACCCCCAGCUGGUGAACCCUGCCACACUACCUUCACCCCCGGAAGAAGCUUGUCAGUUGUGAGUGCAGUUCAUAAAGUAACACCACUGCAAUUUAUGUUCUGUCCUUAUUUUUGAGACCUGGUAUAUGUGUCUUUCCGAUUGUCGUUUGUUGUUUGUGAGGUUUUGUAGUUUUCUUCAUACGAAUUCUGCACUUUUGGGGUUUUGGUGGUACUAGGGAUUGAACCCACGGACAUCCUAUCACUGAACCACAUCCCCAGCCUGUUUAUUUUUUAGUUUGAGACAAGGUCUCACUAAGUUACUGAGUCUCACCUGGAACUUGCCAUCCUCCUGCCUGAGCCUCCCAAGUCACUGGGAUUAGAGGCAUGCACCACUGCAUCAGGCCUGAAUCUACACACUUCUAAAAUUUAAGCUUGUUUGUCGUUGGUAUUUGUCAAUAGAAUCUGGCAUUUUCCUUCAUUUCUUUGACCACUGGUGUAUAGGAAAGCUACCAGUUUGGAUACAUCACUCUGAUGGUGUUUUCUGGGAAGGUUGCAGGAAUUGUGCUUAGCAGUGUUUUACUUUGCACUCACAGGUGACUAGGAAUCUGCCUCAUCAGAAGGUGCCUUCAUCUUGCAGGGCCAGGGCAUGGAGAUGAAAGAAACUGUUGCAAGAAGCCCAGGGAGUGAGAAAGGGAGAGUAGUGGCUCUGGGGGAGAUCCUGUUCCCUUACCCCAAUCCAAGAGACUGGGAAUGUUUCUGUCCCACCCUGCCUCUGUAAAUAGGGUCCUCUGGAAGGACAGGUGCAUGCUGCUCUGUCACAUCAAGACCUUCAGGAAUUCCAAAAGGAAUCACUGAUUGCUAGGCUUAGCUUAUAAAACAAACAUAUGUGUGUCUAUGCAAACCUCACAGUCUGUGCUUUUCAUGCCAUGGGUGUCCCUUCUUAGUUCCUGUGCUUGGAAUCCUGCCUGGCCAUGAUCAUAGGGGCAGACCAUGGACUACUCUGCUGGGCCUCCCUCUGGCUUGCUGGUGAAACAGGAAGAGAUGGUGUGAGAGCUGAGUGGGACAUUGCCCUCCGAGGGGGGAAAGGGCUACAGCUCCCUGAAGAAGGUCAUAAAGUCAGAACAGCUUCCUGGGAGUUGAACUGGGGACUGGAAGGACUUCUGAGCAGAGGACAAUCGGGGUAUUUCCCUAGGAAGGCAGAUGGAGAGGAUAGACAGAUGUAGGAGAGCCAUGAGACAUCCAAAAGGUGGUCACAAGUGUGGUCAGGAUGAGUAUGGAUGGUAGAAUAGGAAUUGCUGUGAGAGAAUGAAGAGGAGAGGAGGCUGUGUAGGUUUAUAGACCACGCCAGGAUACAAGCUGGGACACAUCUGAGAAGGCCCAACUGAGCGUGGUGCCCAGGAGACCAGUUGUGUCCCUGCUGCCAACAGUAGACAAGGACUUGGCCACAUGGAGAUCAAAGGAGACACCGACCAGGGCUGUUCAGGAUGGCAGAGGCUAUGACUGUGACAACUGCUCCCCUGAGAAGAGGAAAGGAUUGGAGACUACUUGGGGAGGGUCUGCUCCAUGGGUGGUGGCUGGACCAGGGUGUGUUCCCUGGGAGGAUAGUUAAAUGACGAGAGAUGCAGAUCUCUGCUGGUGCAGGAUGUCAUGGAAACAGCAGCCAAAGAGCCUGGACAGACUCCUGUGCUGUGGAUCAGAGUGCUGGCACGGAGGACUGGUGAGAGGGAACAGCAGGCCCGUGGUGGGUGCAGUUCCUUGGGUGUCACCUCUGCAUGCUCGUCACUCACUGCAUGAGAUCCAGAAACCCCUGGGACUCCCCGAAGGAAGUUGGGGCAAGGCCUGGCCCCUCCCACAGACCCACAGGAGCCUCCGAUUUCUGUCAUCCUCAGAGGCCCCAAGAAACAAGGUGAUGGCAACUGCCAAGCUCCUGCCACUGCCAACAGAACCCCAGGCCAAGGUAACCUUUGAGGAUGUGGCCGUGCUCCUCUCUCAGGAGGAAUGGGACCGCUUGGGCCCUGCACAGAGGGGCCUCUACCGAAACGUGAUGAUGGAGACCUAUGGAAACGUGGUCUCACUGGGACUUCCAGGAUCCAAGCCCAAUGUCAUCUCCCAACUGGAAAGAGGGGAAGACCCAUGGGUCCUGGAUGGGCAGGGGGCCAAGGAGAGCCAGGGCCUAUGGAACGGCUACUCAGACAACCUCAAAUGUGACCGCACUGCAGUCAGUGUGCAGGACAGCUUAUCUUGUCCAUGGGAAUGGAAAACAAAGGAAGAGAACCAAAAUACAGAUUGGCCCCUAAAGCCAUUAAUCUCAGAUGCUGUUACUGUGCAUCUGGGGAAAGCAUCGCCAGGGAGCACCACUCAAGAACCUCCUGACCCAGAGCGGAGCUUCUGCCUGCGUCCAAGCCCUGUCAGUCCCCGCGAGCCUCGGGUCCUGAAUCCCAGCGAGGCACCCGGUGGAGAGAGGCCUUACAUGUGCAUCGAGUGUGGGAAGUGCUUCGGGAGGAGCUCCCAUCUCCUUCAGCACCAGCGGAUCCACACAGGCGAGAAGCCCUACGUGUGCGGCGUAUGUGGGAAGGCCUUCAGCCAGAGCUCAGUCCUCAGUAAGCACAGGAGGAUCCACACUGGCGAGAAACCCUAUGAGUGUAACGAGUGUGGAAAAGCCUUCCGAGUGAGCUCGGACCUUGCUCAGCACCACAAGAUCCACACGGGAGAGAAGCCUCACGAAUGUGCGGAGUGUCGGAAGGCCUUCACCCAGCUCUCGCACCUCAUCCAGCACCAGCGGAUCCACACGGGGGAGAGGCCCUACGUGUGCCCACUGUGUGGGAAGGCCUUCAACCACAGCACCGUGCUGCGCAGCCACCAGAGGGUGCACACCGGGGAGAAGCCUCACCGCUGCAGCGAGUGCGGGAAGACCUUCAGCGUGAAGAGGACGCUGCUGCAGCACCAGCGGGUGCACACCGGAGAGAAGCCCUACACCUGCAGCGAGUGCGGGAAGGCCUUCAGCGACCGCUCGGUCCUCAUUCAGCACCACAACGUGCACACGGGGGAAAAGCCCUACGAGUGCGGCGAGUGCGGCAAGGCCUUCAGCCACCGCUCCACCCUCAUGAACCACGAGCGGAUCCACUCGGAGGAGAAGCCUUACGCUUGCUACGAGUGCGGCAAGGCCUUCGUGCAGCACUCCCACCUGAUCCAGCACCAGAGGGUGCACACCGGGGAGAAGCCCUACGUGUGCGGCGAGUGUGGGCACGCCUUCAGCGCACGCCGCUCUCUCAUUCAGCACGAGCGGAUCCACACUGGGGAGAAGCCCUUCCAGUGCACCGAGUGCAGCAAGGCCUUCAGCCUGAAGGCCACCCUGAUCGUGCACCUGCGGACCCACACCGGCGAGAAGCCCUACGAGUGCAGCAGCUGCGGGAAGGCCUUCAGCCAGUACUCGGUGCUCAUCCAGCACCAGCGCAUCCACACAGGGGAGAAGCCCUACGAGUGUGGGCAGUGUGGGCGUGCCUUCAACCAGCACGGCCACCUGAUCCAGCACCAGAAGGUGCAUGGGAAGCUGUGAGCCUGGGGCAGCGGCUCCCUCAGGGUUCAGAGCCACAAGACCUUUGCCGGGAGAAGCAGGGGCCUUUUCCUCCUGUGGAAAAGCUGCAGAACGUGUGCCUCGUUUCCUCAGCGCCUGAAGUCGUGUCAAAGGAUGACCAUGCAAUCAUCGUGAGGUCUGGGUAAAGGCAGCCAUGAUUCCUCGUUUCUUCAACAUUGGACAGUUCGUUUGAAAGAAGUAACUAAAGGAAGUUAAAGCAAAGGAUUGUCCCGAAAGAUUCCCUUACAUUCCCAGUGAGGCUCUUUCUCUUAGGGGGUGGUAUGCCUUUCCCAAAGAGUGAACCAGUUAGCUGUGACACUUAGAACCAUGGAUUGUUUUCAGUAUUCUUUUGAAACACAGAAGUGCUGUGUGCAUAAAGUGAUAUACAAUAGAUUGUCAUCAAGUAUCACAUGACAUCGCUGAAAAUUCUAAGUGUGGAAAUACCUGUGUGUAUGAAGAGAAGUCUAAAGAUUCAUUCAUGAUAAGUGAUGUAAAUUCUGAAAACUUUUAUCUGGUGCUUUAACUUAUUCAAGACCAGAAGGAAUAUCCUGACACUUUAGUAAAAAUGCAACUAAAAAAUGGGUAUUUCCUCAAACCUGUCCUCAUGACCUACAUACUCCGCAUGACAGAAAUUCUGGAUCUCUGGGACCUGUUAGGGCCCAAGCAAGAAAAUAUUGCUAAAAAGACGAUUCCUUGGUGCAUGUUGUUUUGUUUUGUUUUGUUUUGUUUUGUUUUGUUUUGUUUUGUUGGUCCCAAGAGUUGAACCCAGGGGUACUCACUCCCUGAGCUGCAUCCUCAGACCAUUUUAUUUUGUAUUGUGAGACAGGGUCUUGCUGAGCUGCUUGGGGCCUCAGCCUCCCAUGGUGCACCACUACACCCGGCAGCGCAUACUUGAGAACAAAAUUCUCAGACUCUUUUACUAGCUCUAAUAGUCAUUCCUGUACUCCGGUUGUUUGUUUGUUGUGUGUGUGUGUGUUGUUGUUGUUGUUAACUCCUGGUUCAAGAGAGUCCAGUAUCCAUUGCCUGUGAUAAUUUGGUUCAUUCAUGAUUAAAUGUUCGUUCAGAA